UAAAACUCGUUCGACAGGAUUUCGGACCUUCGAUGGUUUUAUAUAAAAGAAGAGACAACGAAACGACGUACAAACAAACGUAAGAAAUGUUUCGUUCAUUCUUCCUCGUCUCUCUGUUCCACGUCGGACUUGUGUUUUUGACGAUCGUUUCGGCGAUCGACAUUUCAAAAACGAAGAAGACGGAUAUCAGCUUGACCGAAAACGAUGUUGUGGAGAAAACCCAAUUGAAACAAUUAGCAUCAUCAGCUGAUAGUUCUACGGCGUUCAUCGGAGACAUUUCUACUGGCAUUAGAUAUCCAAAUGAAGUUGUCUACAGGAGAAUUUUAGAAUUCGAUAAUCCAACAAAUAGAAUCCAUAGUUUCUCGAUAACUCUGACCGUACCAAAUGGUAUUAUCAACUACGUACAAGUUAUAAACAAUCAGGGCAGUAAUGCCGUUGCUUGUAUCGACGAAUCAACACUCGAAUCGUCCAAAGUUAUCGUACAUUUUCGCAUACCAGCUAGCAGUACUUCAUACUUAAUGCUCGUAGUCGCGGCACAUUGAAACAUUUAAUUAAAUUCAAUCAAAUUAAGUAAGAUAUUAUUUUCAUAUAAUAAAUAAUA